AUGGCGCGUGCUUCCCUGUACGCUACCUUGUUACUGGCGGCAGCGGCUAGAGCACUCGUUAGCCCGGAAAGUUCCAGCCCCCAUGGUGGGUCUGGCGUGCUCUUGCUGGAUGCGAUGCCAUUGCAGGAAGCUAUGAACAGCUGCAACAGUCUUGGCGAGUCACUGUGGAAGUCAACUGCGGGAUUUGACAGCAUACAAAAUGAUCUGAACUAUCUUGUCUUCCAAAAGAGAUACGCCGACGACCAGAGAUACUGGAUUGCUCCAGUCCAAGGUACACCGUCUACCGUAGAUGUGGGUGGUCGCGUGAAGAAGGCUCCCGCAAAUGAGCAUUUUCCAGUACUUUGUACACAGACUGCCCCUUACUCUACGCCCGAUAAAAUUGAUACGAACACCACCUGGCAGGUCACAGUCAACUCUAACAGCCAGCAUCUCACUGGUGUCCGAGAUCGAUUCAGCUUUCGCUUUCUCGGUAUUCGCUACGCCGAAGCACCAAAGCGUUGGGCCUACUCUAAGGACUUCGAAGGAAACGCCGAUCAUGCGUCUGCUCUUGACUACGGUUCCCAAUGUGUCCAGUGGGCAAGCGGCUCAGAAGACUGUUUCUUUCUUAACGUCUGGACUCCGUAUCUGCCGAAUCCCAAAGCCGACUGUGGCAAGAGACUGAAGCCUGUGAUGUUUUGGAUCCACGGCGGCGCAUUCAUAGGCGGUACGGGCAGUGAUACCACUUUCGAUGGAGCUAAUCUUGCAUCAAGAGGUGAUGUGGUUGUUGUCACUAUCAAUUACCGCCUGGGCACUCUCGGUUUCCUCGCUUUGGACGAUCGGAAGACAAAGGGAAACUACGGACUGGCAGAUCAGAUUACCGCGCUGGACUGGGUUCGCCGCAACAUCAAAGACUUUGGUGGGGAUCCUAAUCAAAUCACUAUUUUCGGACAAUCGGCCGGAGCUGGAUCGGUCCGGGCAUUGUUGGCAUCGCCCAAAGCUCGAGGCAAGUUUGCGGGUGCGAUCAUGCAGAGCAAUCUCGGGGGAGUGACCGGGACGACGUACUCGAAGUACUACACUAUUGAGCAAGAGAUGGAAGUUGCCGGCAACGCCAUUCUCAGCGAAACGAAUUGCACGCAUGCUGCGUCACAGCUCGAAUGUCUACGGGCCGUUCCAGCAACAACGAUCUCCACCCUCAGAGAUACUGCACGCUACCUCGUUGUAGAUGGCGAGUACCUCACGAGCUCGGAGCUCAAUCUGAAAGACUCAAGAUCUACUGCGAGCGUGCCUCUGAUGCUAGGAACGACGAGAGAUGACGGUGCUGCCAUGAUAGGCUAUCCCAGAGCAGGAGAAACAAUCAGCCAGUUCCUGAGCGAGACGGGUCUGCCGCCAACAGUUGCCCCAAGUCCAGCGUUCCCUAUACCCUCCGGAUCCAACCAGACACUUGAUAUCUUCAAUACAACGGCAAGAGUGGCCACCAACGGGGGGUUCCGCUGUAUCGACCAAGCAACUGCAUACGCUGGAUUUGCCAACAAGAUAUUCCCCGAAAUCUACUUCUACGAGUUCAACCGCACCUACCAGUUGACCGGCUGGUCGCCCAAUCCUCCUCUGUGCCAACCUCCCGUGACAUCGGCGUAUCCCAACGGCGAUCCCAAUGGAGAAUAUUUCAAGUGUCACUCCGGGGAACUGUAUUACGUGUUUGGCAACGUGGUUCGGGAAGGCCUUGCACUGAGGGAUGAAUACGAUUUGCCAUUCCAGCAGUUUGUGCUGGACUCUUGGGCUAGUUUUGCCCGAACGUUCAAACCGACGCCGGACGUCAGAUACACGACGGCAAGGGGAUACGUCAACACAACUCGACACGUUGAAAUGGCUGGCCAGUGGACGCCGUUCAAGCACGAUAACUACCGGCUUCAGCGUUUGCAGUGGCCGUCUGCUAUGGCGGAUUUGGAUGAAAUUGAGCAGUGUCGUGCCCUGGAUUUACCUCUUGAGUAUCUUGACUAG